AUGGAUCCACAAGCUUCCAGUGAAUACUCUUCGAGCGACUCUAGGAGUGCUUCAUCCUUUAUCAUCCAACAGAAGUUCUCAAGGGAAGAAAACAAUGCAGCCAGAGGAAAAAUCUACGGUGUACUUUUCUCUGAUCCUUGGGCUUACUUGGGAACUAUUCCAGCUAUCAUCUCUGGUGCUACUCCUAUUUUUAACUACUUAAUCUUUGGUUACAUUUUGAAUGAAAUGCGUGAUUAUUCCCUCGGAACAUCUAAUAAUCCACUUCAUAAGAUUGGUAUAUUACUUGCAAUUAUGUCAGCAGUUGCUGUUGUUACAGGUAUCUGCCGUGGUUUAACUUCAUUCAUGUGGAUUCGUGCAGGUUCUCACGUUUCUAUCAGAAUCCGUGAUGAAAUCUUUACAAAUAUCAUGAAAUAUGAUGUCGCUUUCUACGAUACACAUCCUAUCGGUGCCUUGCUUACAAUUCUUGGUGAAGACUCAGCAGUUCUCCAAGAAUGCUUUGGUGCACAGAAAGGUCUUCAGUUCCAGCAAGGUGGCCAGUUUGUUAUUGGUACAAUUUUGGUUUUCAUUUAUAAUUGGAAACUUGCCUUAAUUGCUUUAGCCCUUUUCCCUGUUGUUGCAAUUAUUGUUGUCAUAUUCCAUCCACAUAUCGCUAGACAUGGUCAAGCCAGAUUCAGAAAUGUGGCAAGAUCUAUGACAAUUGCCGAAGAAACAAUAGCUGCUGUUAGAACAGUUAGAGGCUACAACCGUGAAGAAGAAGAUGAAAGAAGAUUCAACGAACAAACAGAACUUGGUGCAAAUCACGAUCGUAUUAUCAUUGUUUUGCUCACAUUUAUGUUUACAAUCGUCUUAGCUUUAAUGUGGGCUGUUGUUUUGGGCGACCUGUACUAUGGUGCAACAAUGGUUGACAAUGGCGAAAAUGCCAAAUUCGGAGCUGGUCAAUUAUUCUCUUGCUUCGGUUUCACAAUGUUCGGCUCAUUCGGUUUAAUUCUCCUUAUGAACGGUAUCAACGCUGAACAGAGAGCUAUCCAUGCUGGUGCAAGAAUUAUGCAGUUGUUGGCUUAUCAACCAUCGUUGAAUUUCGAUGGUGGUGAGACAUAUGAACCAUUCAUCGGUCACAUCAAGUUCGAGAAUGUCUCAUUCUGCUAUCCAACAAGAAAAGUCAUGGCACUCAAGAAUGUCUCAUUCGAGAUCAAACCAGGUCAGAGUGUUGCACUCGUCGGACACUCAGGAAGUGGCAAGUCAACAUGUGUCCAAUUGAUCCAGAGAUACUACGAUGUCACUGAAGGAAGGAUCACUAUCGAUGGCCACGACAUCAAAGACUUAGAUCCACACUGGCUUCACAGGAAGAUGGCAUUAGUUUCACAAGAUCCAAUCUUGUUCCAGGAGACAGUCAAGAUGAACGUCAUGUACGGUGUUGAGAAGAACAAGACAGACGAAGAAGUCUGGGCAGCACUCGAGACAGCAAAUGCAAAGAAGUUCACACUUAAGUUCGAGAAACAACUUCAGCAACUUGUUGGAGACCGUGGCAGCACACUUUCAGGUGGUCAGAAGCAGAGAAUUGCUAUCGCACGUGCUGUCAUCAAAGAUCCAACAAUCUUGAUCUGUGAUGAAGCAACAUCUGCUCUUGACAGUGAGUCGGAGAAGAAAGUUCAAGCAGCACUCGACAAGAUUCUCGAGACACGCACCGGUAUCAUUGUUGCACACAGAUUGUCAACCAUCAGGAAUGCUAAUGUUAUCUAUGUCUUCGAUGCUGGUGAGAUCAAGGAACAAGGCAACCACGAAUCACUUGUUGCCGCACAAGGCUUCUACUUCAACCUUGUCAAACGCCAACUUCAGAAAGAAGAAGCCAAGAAACAGAAAGAAGCAGAAGAAGCCAAAGCAAACAACAAUGACAAUAAAGAGUCAAGUGGCAAUAACUCCACUUCUGAAAUUGCUGAAGAAGCAAAGAAAGAAGAUGAAGAAAAGAAACCAGAAGAAAAGAAGGAGAAAGAAGGAGAUCCUGAAGAAUACAGCUAUUCUGAAACAGCAUCAAAGAAGAAGGAUGAUGAAGAGUAUAGUUAUUCAUACUCAUACAGCUCAAAAGAUAAGAAGUAA